AUGCUGCUGCCAUGGGCAGCUGUGCUCCUUUGUGCCAAUGCGCAAGAGUUGGCGCUGGGCAUCUAUGGCGCAAUGACCACUUUUACACAGCUCCACAUAGCCGUGGUGGUCACCUUUGACCUGGACCUACGCAAGAACUUCGACGCGAGCGUCCGGGCCCGUUACGGGCCUCCCAUCAUUCAGAUCCCCAACUUGCACCCGGGGGUAGCGAACAUCACAUUUCGCAUCGGCACCAGUCACGCAAUGACGGAUAUUGGUGUGGGCACUGCGUUGGAUUUCACGCUUGGCUUGGAUGGAGAGACCCCAGUCGUGGGCUUGGUGGGCGGAGUAUAUUCUGGCAUUGCCAUGCCAGUUGCCAGCAUCGCAGCCACACAGAAGGUCCCCCAGAUCGCUUUUGGAGCGACCAGCCCUGCUUUGUCCAACAAGGAGCACUUUCCGUACUUCUUAAGGACAGUGCCACCAGAUAGCAUUCAGGGCCGAGCAUUCUGGAAUUGGGUCGUCGUAUUCCAAGUGCCAAUGGUAGUUUGCUUGUAUGGCAUCGAGCCCUAUGGUGAAGGCCUUUACUUGGCCAUCAGGGAACAGGCAGAUCUGGCCAAUGAGGAUGGACGCAUCCGGAGCGCUGGCCUGCGCAAUAUGCAGGUGAACUUCGUUGUGGAAGAAGGUCAGGCCGCCAUUGACAUUGCAAAGUCAUUCGGCUCUCCCUUCAUUUUUCUUUGCUUCACCACCGCGCUGGGCAAUCACUUGUGGCCACUCAUGGAGAAUGCAGGCAUGUUCGGCCCAAGUUGGCAACUCGUGGCAUGUGAAUCCUUGACAGAGCUUCCAUUCCCUGUUGGUGCUAUGCGGUGGUCUCCUUCAAGCACCGGUCCCAAAUAUGUGGAUUGGUUGGACCUUUGGGGCAACCUGACUGCGGACGAUGUGUUGUCCACAGCUGCAAGAGAGCGCUAUAAGAUUGACAACUUCAGGGUGCCUUUGAGUCAAGCUACAGCUCCUCCCAUCACAGAUGCUACCUUCGAGAAUCGCGAGGUCUUCGUCUACGAUUCUUUCCUUUUCGAUGCGAGUUAUACCUUCGUGCUUGCCAUCAAUGACCUGCUGAAUAGUGGAACACCGCUUGCAGACAUCAAGGGAGAGACUCUCCUAAACCAAAUAAAGACGACACAGUUUGAAGGCAUCUCGGGAGCGGUGAGUUUCGACCCCAACGGUGACCGGCUCGCGGCCUACCAGUUUUGGAACAAGGAACCUGAUGGGGAGUUCCACAUCACCGGCAUGUUCCACGCUGCCACCAACCAGCUUGAGCUUCCAGGCGAUGGGGUCUACUGGAUGAAUGGCCAAAAGUUGCCAAUGCCUCCAGCGGAGCUCAUUGAUUGCAGCAUUGGCUUCUACAAGGACGAAGCGACAAGAAAGUGCGAAGCCUGCCCCAAAGGCUUUUAUUGCGCGGGCAGUGCGCCCGAACCAUGCCAAGCCGGGACGUUCUCCAACGUGAUCGGAGCAGCUUCCUGCACGCCUUGUGACUUUGGUACCUUUGCCAGCGAGAUAGGCUCUACGCAAUGCACGAGUUGCUACCCAGGCUUCUUCGCAGACAAGGGGGGCAUGGAGGCCUGUCAGAAGUGCCCAAAAGGUACGUACAUGCCGAGUUUCAAAGCAACAGCUUGCAUCCAGUGCGGUAUGCAACAGGAAACGGAGGAGAGCGGAUCCCAAGAUGACGAUGAGUGCCGCUGUGCACAAGGGUCCUUCAUGUGCAAUGAGAGCUUGGCAACAGCAAGUUGCCAGCCUUGCCCUGAGGGCCUCACAUGCCCUGCAGGACUGGACCCACCAGUUCAGCAGCCGGGCUUUUGGGCGGAACCGACCGCCUGCAAUUUCAAAGUCUUGCGCUGCCGAAACCAAUUGGAAUGCCCAGGCUUAGCUUUGGGCGAGUGUGCCAAAGGGCGCGACGGGAUUGCCUGCAACAAUUGCCACUUCAACCACUACCCGCUGGAGAACGGGACCUGCGAGCUUUGUGGACCAGGUGAUUAUUGGCCUUCAAUCCUGGCAGGGCUGAUUGGAGUUCUGGUGGCCAUCCUGCUCGUGCGCUCAGCCAAAGUGGAUCUCAAUCAGCAAAGCCUGAAUCUGUUGACAGUCGCUGCAGUGGCGAGUCAGACCAUAACAGCCUUGCAAGCUUUGGGGUCCAUCCGGAAGCUUGCAGUUGAGUGGAUCUAUCCCGUGCGAAGAAUCAUUGAGCUCACUAAGAUUGUCAGCUUUGACCUGGACGUCAUCAAGAUUCGUGCAUUUUGGGUCAAGACAGCCCCACCUUGA